AUGACCAUCCCAAUCGUCGACUCACACAUCCAUCUCUGGACAGAAACGCAACUGGAAACACUCGCCUGGUACAACCCAACCAACCCGCUAGGCUCUCAACACUCUGUUAAAGACUAUAUAGUAUCUGCUACAGAGGAGGCAUCCUCGAAAUAUCAAUUGCGAGGAUUUGUCUACCUCGAAGUAGAUCGCAUAUCCUCCGUUGAAGAAGAGAACGAUACGAAAGGAUGGAGCCAUGUCCUCGAUGAAGUCUCCUUCCUGGCUCGGAUAGCGCGCGGAACACCCGCGGAUGGUGAAGGGCAUGCCGAAGCUCAUAAGUCGCUGAUGCUUGGGUUUGUGCCCUGGGCGCCUGUUCCAGGUGGUUCAGCCGUGUUGGAGAGAUAUCUUUCUCUCGUCAAGGGUCGCAUAGCUGCUUCAGCAGCCAGAGACUAUCACGAUGAGAAUGACGAGGUAUGGAAGAAACUAAGAGGUUUCCGAUACCUCGUCCAGGAUAAGCCGGUGGGGACAAUGCUUCAAAGGGACUUUGUCGAGGGAUUGAAAUGGCUCGGCAGACAGCGGCUGGCAUUUGACCUAGGUGUUGAUGCUAGACAGGGCGGAUUAGGACAAUUGCGAGAAGCCGUUGAUUUAAUAAAGAGGGCGAAUGAUGGUGUGAGCCAGGAAGACAGGGUUGUUAUUAUUAUUAAUCAUCUAUGUAAACCAAACCUGCACAUAUCGCCGGGUGAAGCCAAUAGCCAUCCUGACUUCCUCGAGUGGAGAGAUUUGAUCAAUGCCAUGGCAACACAGUCCACGACAACAUACAUGAAACUUUCCGGUCUGUUCUCAGAAUACCCUCAGCUAUCUCACGAUCUUAUACAGGCAGACGAGGAGAAUUCAGUAAAGUAUCUUGUCGAUCAUGCUCGCCCCUGGACAGACACCGUUUUCGAUGCUUUUGGUCCGCACAGGAUCAUGUUUGGAUCAGAUUGGCCUGUCUGUACGGUUGGCACGGGGGCGACGGCCUCGACAACUGGAGGAGGGCGAGCAGGAGCUUGGAUUAGGUGGAGGAAGGUUGUUGAGAGGAUUCUUGAGAAACGUGGUUUGAGUGAGGAUGCGAAAAAGGAUGUUUGGGGAGGAGCUGCUUCCAGGGCUUAUAGUUUGGAUAUCAUCCUAUGA